AUGGCGGUCUUGCCGACUCCCGCGGCUCCGACGAGUGCGGCACAGUUCUUGGUCCGGCGGCAGAGGAUGCAGAUGACGCGGUCGAUCUCGUUGUCGCGGCCGAUGACCGGAUCAACACUGUUGGCGUCCAAGAUGGUGAGUCUGAAGGGGAACCGAGGCAACAGAUCGGCGUCUACGUUGUAUAACUUCCACGCAGACCAGACGAAAGCUGCGCCGGAGAGGAUCGCGGCCACCUCGUCCUUCCGCAACAUGUUUGACGUGCCGAAGAAGAAAGAGCAGCCGCGGAAGAAGAAUUGUUCUGUUGGAUUCGAUCGAUAUAUUGCACCCUACGCACAGACAGAUAGGGUUCUCAGCGGGCAUGCCGCCGAGGGGAGGAUCCACUCCAGCAUCUCCCAUGGCGCCGCUCCUCUCCGGCGACUCCCGCGCCGCGGCCAUGGCAGGAGGGGAGGAGCCCGAAACCCUCAGGUCCGUAGCGGCGCAUGCCUCGGCGGCUGGUCCUCGUUCAAGGUGGCGACGCGGCUCAGGUUGGCCGGGCACCGCGUCAGCACGCCUGACCUGGCGGCGUCGGGCGUCGACCCCAGGCCGCUACGCGAGGUGCCGACGUUCCGCGACUACACCAAGCCGCUGUUGGACCUCCUGGAGUCCCUCCCGCCCGGCGAGAAGGUGGUGCUCGUCGGCCACAGCCUCGGCGGCGUGAACGUCGCCCUCGCCUGCGAGCUGUUCCCGGAGAAGAUCGCCGCUGCGGUGUUCGUUGCCGCCUUCAUGCUGGACCAUAGGUCGCCGCCGUCGUACGUGCUUGAAAAGUUCAUGGAGGGGAGAACGCUGGACUGGAUGGACAAGGAGUUCAAGCCUCAAGAUCCCGAGGGCAAGCGACCUACUUCCAUGCUGUUCGGGCCGCUGGUCACUCGAGCAAAGUUCUUCCAGCUGUGCUCGCCGGAGGACCUCACGCUGGGAAGAUCCCUGAUGAGGGUCAGCUCCAUGUUCGUGGACAACCUGAGGCUGCAGCCGCCGUACACGGAGGCCCGCUACGGGUCUGUGCCGGCAUCUCCGCUUCAGGUUGGCCUGAUCGUGGUUACAUCUUCAUUCCCUGAAUUGUUUGCCUGGACUCACAGUUUGAUGUACAUGAAGGCCGGGAGCGCCAACGCGCACCUCACGCAUAUUUUGACUGAUUCAUUGUUGGUGAACUUGCUGUGUGGUGUUGGCUUUUAUUCUGUACCUUACAUUGACAGUGUGAUUAACCAGGCAGCAUGA